GCUGUACUGUCUGGUUGGGACGGAGGGUUUCAACGUUAAGCAGGCGACUAACCACAGUAAACCCAUAAAGAGGCGGUUUUAUCUGUCCAGGAUUUGGAAUUUAUUUGUCGUAGUAUUCGAGAUAACUAUUCAUCAAGUCUGAGCUCACUGGACUUUAUUUUCUCGCUGGCUCGCUUACGCUUCAGUGAACCACUGCAGAAGCAACAGACCAAGCACGCUGACGCCGCCGCUGUUGUUGUGAGAGAAGAAAACAAGCUCAGUGAGCAGUCCGUUAAGCUGUGUGAUCAUUGACAGAGUUCAGUACACACGAGCUUCGAGUGAUAAGUGGAGGGUGCUUUUUGCAACAUACAUUCGAGCCUUCUCAAGAACCGACGGCUGGGAAUAUUUUGUCGCUGAAGUCGAGGUAUUGCAUUAUAUAGGUCGUUUUUAACUGAGCCACUAUUGCAUACUUGGCCAAUAGGAACAGUUUGCACAAUUUCCACCAGCUUGUCUGCACCCCCCUCCCAAUCCAGAGAGUCUUCUGCCCCAGCAUGAAUGAAGUCAGUGUUGUGAGAGAGGGAUGGCUCCACAAGAGAGGUGAAUACAUUAAAACAUGGCGGCCUCGAUACUUCAUCUUAAAGAGUGAUGGCUCCUUCAUCGGUUACAAAGAGAAACCUGAGGUGUCCAGUGACCACAGCCUCCCACCACUCAACAACUUCUCUGUCGCAGAAUGCCAGCUGAUGAAGACAGAGCGCCCCAAGCCCAACACAUUUGUCAUUCGUUGCUUGCAGUGGACCUCUGUUAUUGAGCGUACCUUCCACGUAGACAGCAAUGAGGAGAGGAAAGAAUGGAUGCGAUCGAUCCAGGCAGUGGCAAAUAGCCUGAAGAGCCAGCAGCAGGAUGAGGAGCCCAUGGAGAUCAAAUUUGGCUCACCAAGUGACAUGAGCGGCACAGAGGAGAUGGAGAUUGCUGUGUCCAAAUCUCGCACAAAAGUGCAGACCAUGAGUGAUUUUGACUAUCUGAAGCUUCUGGGUAAAGGGACAUUUGGUAAAGUUAUCCUGGUGAAGGAGAAGGCCACGGGGAUGUACUACGCCAUGAAAAUCCUCCGCAAAGAAGUCAUCAUUGCUAAAGAUGAAGUGGCGCACACAGUUACAGAAAGCAGAGUUCUCCAGAAUACGCGGCAUCCCUUUCUAACGACACUAAAAUAUGCAUUUCAAACGCAUGACCGGCUAUGCUUUGUGAUGGAGUAUGCAAACGGUGGAGAACUCUUCUUUCACUUAUCACGGGACAGAGUUUUCACAGAAGACAGGGCGAGAUUCUACGGUGCAGAAAUAGUGUCAGCACUGGAGUACCUACACUCACGCAAUGUAGUUUACAGGGAUUUAAAGCUGGAGAACCUCAUGUUAGAUAAGGACGGCCACAUAAAGAUCACAGACUUUGGGCUGUGUAAAGAGGGGAUCACAGACGGUGCUACCAUGAAAACCUUUUGUGGAACCCCGGAGUACCUGGCACCAGAGGUGCUAGAAGACAAUGACUAUGGACGGGCGGUGGACUGGUGGGGACUAGGUGUGGUCAUGUAUGAGAUGAUGUGUGGCCGGUUGCCCUUCUACAACCAGGACCAUGAGCGUCUCUUUGAGCUAAUCCUCAUGGAGGAGAUCCGCUUCCCCAAAAACCUGGCUCCUGAGGCUAAGGCCCUGCUGGCUGGUCUGCUCAAAAAGGACCCCAAACAAAGGCUCGGAGGUGGACCAGACGAUGCCAAAGAUGUGAUGAGCCACAAGUUCUUCACCUCCAUCAACUGGCAGGAUGUAAUUGAAAAAAAACUUAUUCCACCCUUCAAGCCCCAGGUCACAUCAGAGACAGACACACGCUACUUUGAUGACGAGUUCACAGCACAAACCAUAACAAUAACUCCCCCUGACAAGUAUGACAGUUUAGAUGCAGAGGAUUCAGAUCAGCGUACACACUUCCCUCAGUUCUCUUACUCUGCCAGCAUACGGGAAUGAUCACUCAGACUGUUGAACAACAGGCAGGCUUACACACAGUCACAGUCCCACAUACACUUUGGCACUGCUGGGGAAUUCGAAUGACACAAACUAAAACUGGCACAAGACACAUUUUCAUUAAGUCUUUGACACACAUACAUUCACAGGCACGCACACACACACACACAUACACACGCACUGGCAAAUCAGACAAGACAGGGAUCAUAGAGUAUGGAAUGAACACACAGGCCACGGAUGACUGACCUCAGCAGGUUUGUGUGGAUAGACUGGCAGCUUUGUCUCUGUACAUCCUCUCAGGGUUGGCUUUCGGCUUCCCUGCAGGACCUGUGCUGCAAUACACUGGGUACCACAUUGAAGCCUUGACACUUUGAAAACCAGGUUAUGCCAGCAAGUACCACUUCUUUACCAGCUGUACCCAUGCUACACACACACACACACACACACACACACACACACACACACACACACACACCAACCCAUGCAUUGACUGCAUAUAUAUACACAAACAUACUUGAUAGAUUUUAAAAAGUGUAAUCAAAAUUAGGAAAAGAUUUGGGGGGGAAAAAAAGACAACCUUUUAUUUCAUUGAUUGUUACGGUUUUAAAUGUAAAGCCAUAUUUCUGCAUUUUUUGUGAUUUAUUUUUUCAUCUUUUUUUAACAAGUGCUCUUUCUGGAACUUGCUGUUACAAAUCAAGUGUGGGACUCUUCCUACAGUAGGGGGGGUGGGGAAGAGGGAGAAGGGAGGAGGGUUGCCAUUUCUGUGUUUGCACUGCGCGUGUGUAUAAGCGAAUGGAUGACUGGAUGCGUGAAUGUGUGUGUGUGCGCAUAUGAGUGCUGGAGAAUGUAUGAACAACAGUUUUGAUUCCCAACCAUCCAUUUGUGUCUGUUUUUAUGCAUGUUUUUAAACUCUGAAAUAUUGCUGGGAUAUCGACAAGAGAGGACACUACACAGUGCACUUGAUGGCCUUUUUUUCUGUUUUUAAUUUUUAAAGGGAACAAGCAUGUAAUUUAUGAUUGCUGUGACCAGCUUGGCACUAAAUUGACUCAGUCAGGAAUAAAAACUGAGAGUUCUUGCAUGGCUAACUUUUGCUGCAUUAAUGCAACUCAAAGUGAUGCAGCUGUCAGGCUCUCGCAGUCUAUGUCACUGUGUCAAGAAUGAUUUAGCGGCUGGUAGGAAGUGUAAGAGUAAGUCUUCAUUAAGGCCAGUUGCGCUGUGUGUUUAAAAAACUGAGAGAACAGAAGGGAAGAAGAGAAUAGAGACUAAAUGCUUGACCACAGCGGUUCCCCAACCUGUUUAGAGAGACCAAUGUAGAUGAACACAUCCUUUCGCUGUCCUCAGUCCUGUAAUUCUCGCUCCCUAGCUCAAGAGUUAGGCACCAAUCUUUUGUUUAUUUACCAUUUGUAAUGUCAGUGUAAAAACUAUUUGUAAAUGAGCCUUUGAGUGUUCCUGUAUUUAAAGAAUGAGAGUUCAAUCGUUAAGUCUUUAUGAUGAGGCCAAAAAUUGACUGACUUGGUGGACGUUUAACACUUCAAAUAAUUCCACAUCUGGUGAUAGGAACCUUUGGUUUAUGUUUCUUAAUGCUGUGUUGAUGCGCUUAAAUCUACGUAGUUGUAUGUCUGGAGCAACAGUCUGCUGGUUUACAAUCCAACUAAAUGCUGCAUGAGCUGGUUGGCCAACCGUCAACCCACAAACGGGGGAACUAAUCAGUACAUCAGCUCAUGUGUGAUUAAGUCGAAAUGUAAAUCCGUGUACUUUGAAUUCUGACGGCACAUGAUUGAGAGUGGUUCUGGACAGCAUAUUGAAAAGUGCUCAUAUUGACGCAAGCGUUUUAUAUUCCAUAUUGCUGGAAGAGAUGUUGGUUGCUCUUUGAGCUUCACUAAAGGAACAUCAAGAUCUUCUUGUUUGUCAUUGUUAUGAUUUUGUUUGUUGAUUUUUUUUUUCCUUAUUUGUCCAUCUAUUUCUCAAAUUUUGGAAGACACAUUGUCUUGUUUAAGUAUACAGUAUAUAAAAUAUAUAUAUUAAAAUUUUUUUAAAUGGCA